UUCGGGGUCGAUUUUGUUUGAUUUUCGCAUCCGUUUGUGAUGGCGGAGUGAGUCUCUGCUUGAUUUCGCAUUUUUAUUUGCCGCGCUUUCCCCGUACAAAUCGGAGUAUCCCCCUUGUGUCUCUCAGCGAGCGUGUUUCAGUCCUGUUGUUAGUCGGGCUUGGAGCAGUUUAUCGCCACACAUCUCUCGUGCUGGUGAGGGAGCAUCGGCCGCGUUUAUGCCGUUUCUUCGGGGGCUUCUCCACUCUCCCCGCUCGGGGAGUGGGUUUCUCUUGGAUUUCCACUUGUGAGGGCAAGAAGUCUAUUGCCCCAGGUUCUCCCGGGUGCGGAGAAGGAUUUCAGGGUCUAGCUGCAGGCUGCUUUUCUGCUCUAAUUUCCGGCUUCUGCCGGCUUUGGUUUUCUUGUGGGUCUCACUUUAUUACUCAUUUUCGAGAUGUGCUUGCCCUUGCAGGCUUCUUUCUCGAGGUCUACUUGCAAGGUUUUGCUCCGUUGUAUUCGACAUGGGGCGCCAUUCUGACCUUGGUUAUUUUCAUUUCAACCUUGCUCGGCUUUGUGGCACUGGCGGUUUGA